UGCCCUGCAGAUAAAACUAUGGCCGGUCUACGAGACAAGGUGGUUCUUAUAACAGGCGCGAGUGGCGGGAUAGGAGCCGCGGUGGCGGUGCAGUUCGCUAAACAAGGAUGUCGACUGGCACUCAGUGGAAGAAACGUGGAUAAACUGGAAGAAACCGCCACGAAAUGCAGGGAAAUCGGUUUGAGCAGUGAAAUGGUGUUUCUCGUGCCAGGAGAUAUAUCCCAGGAAGAAACUGCGUCAGAUAUCCUAGAAAAAACAAUCGAAAAGUUUAAUCAGUUAGACAUUUUGGUCAACAAUGCCGGGGUAUUCUUGAUGGAUACUAUAGAAAACCUGGACAUGGCCAACUUUGACCGGGUUAUGAAUAUCAAUUUCCGUGCGGCUGUGUAUCUAACUCACCUUGCUGUUCCGUAUCUCGUGGCUACUAAAGGAAAUGUAGUGAAUGUUUCGAGCUCAUCCGUCGCCGUGCCAGGAAGCAUGAGACUGACUUAUGGCGUAUCUAAGGCUGCAUUGGAGCAUUUCACAAAGUCUGCAGCCCUGCAUUUGGGUCCCAAGCAGGUGCGUGUCAACUGUAUCAGUCCCGGCUACGUGGACACUGACAUCCUACCUAACGCAGGGGUCGACCCGGAGACCAUUAAAGCAUUUACGGGACAGCUAAAGGACGCUCACCCCAUAGGCAGAUACGGUCAGCCAGAUGACAUAAGUGAGAUCAUAGUCACCGUUGCCUCAGACAGCGCGAGGUUUAUGACAGGGGCCGUUGUAGCGGUAGACGGUGGAUUGCAAUUAAGUGCUGCAUUUUAAAGGGAGGUGGAAUUUUACAAACUAAAAAACUUUUGCAAAGGACUGAUGUGGGAAGCGUUUUACUUCCUUUCAGAACGAACAAUAGAUUUACAGCAAAGAUGUAGAAUACAGCUAAUUUGAAAAUACCAACGGAAUGUAUCGUAUGUGAUGCUGGUCUGAUGGAAUUUCAAUAGCUUUACUUACCAAAGGUCUGAAAAAAAAAAGCUUGUUUUUUCCCCCCGCGAAGACGUCUCAUUUCCCUCAGGAAAACCAACAUGAAUCUAGUAGUGAAAUUACACGUUAAGCAAACGUCAACUGUCAAGAACAACCUUGGAUGAGGACUUCAUCUUUUAAAGGUGAUUAAAAGAUACUGCAAGUGAUGGGAACUUUUCAUUUCUUUUAUUUACACCGUUCAGAUUUACAUAUAAACACAGUCCACAGACUUUAUUAUUGCACUAACAGUUUUACAGCUGUACUAUUAAACAUAAAUCCAAUUUUUUAAUUGCUGUAUACAGUGGUUAAACAGAUACUGAUAGAACUCUUGAAAUAAACGUGUCGUAUCUUUUUUUUUUCAAUUGGGAAUAUUUACUUCUUUAACUUGAUAUGACCAUUUAGAGAAUCACACCUUUAAGCCGACUGUCGUGAAGUCUCCACAU